UCCGGAGGCGUUUGGUUCGUUGCGGAUGACAUCAGCUGUGGAGCGAAUGUGCGAAAAAGAAGAAGAAGAAGAAGAAAGAAAAAAAAAAAGAGAAACCCGGCGCCCUCUCCGCCCCCCCCCCCCCUCCCACCGGUUACCGAGCAUACACAAUGUCUGCUGGUAUAAAACGCUAGGGCCACUCCUAUCGCGCGUCUGGAGACUAGUCCGGUGCUCUGCGGCGCGUAACGGGGAGCGGGCUGCCGGGCAGACACGAGACGAGAGGAUGGCCACCCUGGUACAAUCUGCAGAAAUGGAGACUUUGAGCGUUCAAAGCGGUUCGGGGACGUCUCCGACAUCCCCCGGCCCCUCGCAGCACUUCAACGACGGCAAAUUCUAUCUGCUGGUGGUUAUCGGGGAGAUCGUCACGGAGGAUCACCUGAAGUGUGCCAUUGCGGACAUAGAGAAAGGGAUCCGCUCAUGGGACACCAACCUCGUCGACUGCAACCUGGACCAGGAGCUCAAGCUGUUUGUCUCCAGACACUCGGCUCGCUUCUCUGCAGACGUCAAAGGGCAGAGAAUUCUUCACCAUAAAAGCAAUGUCCUGGAGACGGUGGUGCUCAUCAACCCUUCAGACGAUGCAGUUAGUACUGAGGCUCGUCUGAUGAUCUCAGACACUGCCAGACACAAGCUCCUGGUUCUCUCAGGACAAUGCUCUGAAAACAACGGGCAGCUGAUUCUUCAGUCUGGAUCCUUUUCUUUUUUCAACUUCAUAGACAUAUUCACCGACCAAGAGAUCGGUGAAUUGCUCAGCACCAUUAACCCUGCAAACAAAGCCAACCUCACACUGUCCUGCCCUGAGCAAGGCGAAUGGAAAAACUCAAACCUGGACAAACACAACCUGCAGGAUUUCAUUAAUAUAAAGUUAAACUCUGUUCCCAUACUCCCUGAAAUGGAGGGCCUCUCAGAGUUCACGGAGUAUUUGUCUGAAUCAGUCGAGAUCCCAUCUCCCUUUGACAUGUUGGAGCCACCGACCUCGGGCGGAUUCCUGAAACUCUCCAAACCCUGCUGCUACAUCUUCCCCGCCGGCAGCGGCGACUCCGCUCUCUUCGCCGUCAACGGCUUCAACAUGCUCGUCAACGGCGGCUCGGACAGGAAGUCGUGCUUCUGGAAGCUGGUGAGACACCUGGACCGCGUGGACUCCAUCCUCAUGACCCACGUUGGCGAGGACAACCUUCCGGGCAUCAACAGCAUGCUGAUGAGGAAGGUGGCGGAGCUGGAGGAGGAACAGUCGCAGGGGUCGACCGCAAACAGCGACUGGGUGAAGAACAUGAUUUCUCCAGAUAUCGGCGUUGUGUUCGUGAAUCUUCCGGAAAACCUGGAAAACCAAGGACCGGAUUACAGAGUGCGGAAGAAUGUUGAGGAGGCGGCGUUCACUCAGCAGUUCCUCACCAAGCUGAAUUUGAGGUUGGAGCCUUUGCAAAGGCCUCUUGGAAACACUAUUGAACCGCUCAUACUUUUUCAGAAGAUGGGCGUCGGAAAGCUCGAGAUGUACGUGCUCAAUCCGUCGAGGAACAGCAAGGAGAUGCAACACUUUAUGAAGCAGUGGACGGGAAAUGAGAAAGACACGGCCUCCAUUCUGCUGCCGAACGGAAAAGAAUCAGAGUUCCCCGUCUCUUACUUGACUUCUAUCUCUACGCUCAUCGUGUGGCACCCUGCAAAUCCCUCAGAUAAGGUUGUGCGCGUUCUCUUCCCCGGAAAUGCCACCCAGCAUCACGUCUUCGAAGGUUUAGAAAAGCUGAAGCACUUGGACUUCCUGAAACAGCCGGUGGUCACUCAGAAAGCAGCGUCGACUGAAAUGCUGGCCACGCCAACACUUAAGCAAGCUAAGAUGAAACACAGAGCAGACAGCAAAGAGAGCUUGAAGUCCACCCCGAAGCCGUCACCGAGCAAAAGCAUCAGAAAGGAUUCAAAGGAGGAAGAAAAGGCAAAGGCAGAUGCGGAAUCGUCUCAUGAAAAGACACAGAAGACUGAGAAAAGAGAAAAGGCCCCCCUGAAAAAAGAAAAGGCAAAAGCGCCUGAAAAAGAAUCAAAAGCAAAGGCAGAGCCAACCGCUCAAAAUGAAACUCCAGAAAAAAAGAAGUCCGAGGCGAAACCCAAAAAGGAGGCCAAAGUGUCCGCGGAGAAGAAAAAGGAGGUGAAAAAAGAAGUAGUAAAGAAAGACGACACACCCAAACACGACAUUAAAAAGGAUGAAAAAGUAAAGAGAGAGGAGGCAAAGAAAGCUGUUAAAAAGGAUGUGAGGAGAGACUCGCCUCUGAAGGAGAAGAAGGAAGACAAGAAAGAGCAAAAGAAAGACGUCAAAAGACCCUUCAAAGACAUAAAGAAGACAGCCGCUGUGGCUGAGAGCAUAGCACCAAAACCAAAGCCCCUGAAGAAAGACAAUGCUUCAAAGAAAGACAUGGGGAUCCCAUCAAAGUCUAAAGAGAAAGGGAAGCCAAAGGUGACAAAGAAGGAGGCAAAGGUGGACAGUGGCAAGGUGGCAGCAAGUGCAUCUGCUGUUGCAGAGGAUCCAGAGGUAGUGAGAUCUCUGAUGUCCACACCAGAGGACCUCACUAAGGAUUUUGAGGAGCUUAAAGCGGAAGAUUUGGUGGAGGAUGACGCGACCGUGCCACAAAUUAAGGAAGAAGAGGCCGUGGUGAUCCACAGUGAAGACGUAUUACAGACCAAAGAGUCACCUGAGGCAUUAGAGUCGGUGGAUGAGGGUAUAACCACAACAGAGGUGGAAGGAGACAGCGGAGAGACUCCAGAAGAACAAGUUGUCAAAGGAAGAUUCCAUGGCAGUGUGAUUGAGAAGUUUGAAGAUGAAGGUACUGUCAUGGAGGAGUCAUCUGAGGGAGGAGAUUAUGAAGAUAAGGGAGAGAUGGAAGAAGUCUCUGAACCACAGAGAGUGGAACCAGAUACAAAUAAGGGAGAGAUGGAAGAAGUUUCUGAACCAGAGAGAGUGGAACCAGAUAAAAAUAAGGGAGAGAUGGAAGAAGUCUCUGAACCACAGAGAGUGGAACCAGAUAAAAAUAACGUAAUUAAUGAAGAUGAACAUCAAGCGACUCUUUUUGACAUCAUACCAAGAGCUAGUGUUGAAGACAACACUGAUUCCAUUAAUAAAAACGAAAGUGUGGCAGAGAGAGACAAUCAUAACAUGUUUGUAUCAGCUUCACCAAAAGUGUCCUCGCCCGUUUCCCCGGCUGCAUCGAUCCACGACGAAGCGCUCCCUGUUGCCUUCGAGAGCUCAACAGCCUCCGAUUGCGAGAACAGAGAUGAACCCCGUGAGGAUCACACCGUCGCCACCUGCCACGCCGAGUCCACCAACGAGCCCUCCAGCGCGCCCGCUCCCGCGGACGAGGUGUUGACCCCCGAGGGCGUGGCGAGCGACGAGUCUCCUGCGCGGGACGCGGGCCGGUUUGUGACACCCGGGGAGUUCGAUGGGAAGAAGCUGUCUCCGCUUCAGGACGUUCCGCGGGACGAUCACUCGCACAGCGGUGCCACAGAAGGCCAGGACUACGACCACUCCGCUUCCACGAUAUCUCCCCCGUCGUCGCUAGAAGAGGACAAAUUCUGUCGGGAGUUUCCCCCCGCGGGGACGUCUGGAGGGUUCGCCUCACGGCAGGGGCCGCGUGAGAACCCCGAGGCGGACUCGGACGCCGCCGGGCUCGGCUCGGCCUCCGCGGCGUCCCCUCUGGUGCGCUCCCCGUCAGUGGACCGCAAGGACGGGUUCGAUUCGCCGGCGCCGUUUGCCGCCGCAAUAGAACUGUCCACCACGCUGGCCGGUGGGGUCAGAGAGAGGGCCGACUCCUCCGCCAGCCAAGACGACAAGACGCUGGAGGGAGCGAAUUCGCCUCAGUCAUCCGGUCACACGCCUUACCAUCAGUCACCCGUGGAGGAAAGAGCUGGAGAUCUACCACCUGCGUCGGGGGACGAAGCGCCGGGUCCAACCAUCGUGGAGGUCACGAGUGAUAAAGAGGAUUUCUCCGACGGAGGUACUCCAGAGCCUAAUGAGCCAGAACAAGACAUGGUAUCCCCCGUUGAGAGGUUAACGUCCCCACCUAACGGCUCCCGUUCAACUGAACCCGAUUCCCCGACGAAGACGGACAAGUCGCCCUUCGACGUAGAUCAGAGGAAAAAUGGAGAUUCAAUCUUGUCGUCGGCACCGAUCCCCAAACAGGAAUCGGACAGCUGUCCUUCCGCGGCCUUCAAAGAGGAGAGUAAAAUGUCUAUCUCGGAGGGUACCACUUCAGACAAGUCAGGCACCUCUCUGGAGGAGGUGGUGGCAGAAGACACAUUUUCACACUUAGCUUCAGCAUCCACCGCCUCGUUGGCCACCAGCUCCCUUCCGGAACCCACCACUGACUCUCCCUCCCUUCAUGCUGAGGUGGGCUCUCCUCACUCAACAGAGGUGGACGACUCGUUGUCCGUGUCCGUGGUUCAGACCCCAAACACCUUCCAGGAGGCCGAGGGGUCGCCCUGCAAGGAAGAUAGCCCGAGGCCCAUGUCCAUAUCCCCGGACAUCUCGCCAAAGACCAAAAGCAGGAUGCAGGACACAAAAUCCCCGGAGCACUCCACCAUGUCAAUCGAGUUCGACCAGGAGUCCCCUGACCACUCCUUAGCCCUGGACUUUAGCAAGCAGUCCCCCGAGCAUCAGUCCGCGGGGGGCAGUUCACGCGCUACGGAGAACGGUCCGACCGAGGUCGAGUACAGCCCGUCGGACGAAGCGAACGGAAAGACGUCCGAGGGCCACAGCUCGUCGGUGGAAAAGCCUUUUCUUUUUGAAGAGAGCGAUUCGGCGCUCGCCACUUCGGCGACCCCGUCGGACGCGUCUCAGUCGACCCCCUCCGUGACGACCCCGUGCCAGAUGACGGAGAUGCUACAUGCCGCCGUGCACCAGACGGAAACGUCUCCGGUUGCCCCGGGGGCAUCUUCUCUCACCCAUUCUCCCAAUUACAAUGAGCCGCCCCCUGCGCUGGGAGGCUCGCCCGCCAAGGAAACCAUCGGCCCAGUUCCCCCAUCCGCGGAGAGCAUUACGAACAAAUCUGACACGCGACAGAAAUGCGGCGAGUCGGCUCCCAGAGCUGCUUCUCCUUCGCCGCCUUUGGACUUUUCAAAAGAAAACAUCUUCUCCCCCGGAAGAGAGACAAAUCCCUUUAAAUGUGAGGAUUCUGCACCAGAGGUUAAAUCUCCUUUGAGCCCUAAAGUUCCCUUUCCAUCAUAUCUACCGCUCUCCUCUGAUCCUUGUCAUUUCAACUCUGCCUGCGGCUCCAGGGAGCCGGACUUUUCCACUAAGAAGAGCCCCUGUGGUCCAUCUAAGACGGAUGUCGAUCUCUGUCUCGUCACCUCGUGUGAGUAUCUCCACCCAAAGACGGAGCUGUCCCCGUCUUUCAUCAACCCCAACCCUCUGGAGUAUUUCAUCAAUGAAGAACAUGCCGCGGACGAGGAGAAGCCUCUGACCAAGUCGGCGGGGGGUCCACCGCCUCCGGGCGGUAAGCUUCCCGUCAAGCAGUGUGAGGAGACCCCGCCCACGUCCAUCAGCGAAUCCGCCCCCUCCCAGACGGAUUCCGAUGUGCCGCCAGGGACGGAGGAGUGCCCCUCCAUCACGGCGGACGCCAACAUCGACUCCGAAGACGACUCCGAGACGCUGCCCACGGACAGGACGCUGACGUACAGGCACGCCGACCCCCCGCCGGUGACGCUCAGGGACUCGGCUCCGUCCUCGGGCCCCCAUGACGUCUGCAUGGUGGACCCAGAGGCCCUCAAGGCCGAGGAAAACCUCCACAAUGCUAACACGGAAGCGGGAGAGAAGCCCAAGAAGAAGAAGCUUUUAAAGAAGUCUUCCUCGCCGGCUAGGAAGAGUGUCCUUUCGAAAGUGAAGGACACAAAGACUUUGUCUCCAAAAAAGAGCGUCGGGGAAGGAAAAGAUGCAAAAAACGCAACCAAUACCUCUGCAUCCAGAGGUGUCAGAAGUGCCUCAUCGGGUGCCGGCAGUGGAAAGGCGUCCGGCGGGGUUUCUCUGCCCAACUGUCCUCCCAUGUACAUGGAUUUGGUUUACAUCCCCAAUCACUGCAAUGCCAAGAAUGCAGACGCGGAGUUCUUUAAGCGGGUGCGCUCUUCUUACUACGUGGUCAGUGGCAAUGACCAGACGGCUCAGGAGCCCAGUCGGGCUGUCCUUGAUGCUCUGCUGGAAGGAAAAGCCCAGUGGGGAAACAAUAUGCAGGUCACUUUGAUUCCAACCCAUGACACUGAUGUGAUGAGGGAGUGGUACCAGGAGACCCACGACAAGCAGCAGGAGCUCAACAUCAUGGUCCUGGCCAGCAGCAGCACCGUUGUCAUGCAGGACGAGUCCUUUCCAGCCUGUAAGAUUGAGAUGUAGGUUCAGCAAGAAGACCGCGGGGCCUAGUGACUGAUGAUGACUAUUUAAGGAGAGGAAAAACAACAAAUCCCUGUAGCAUAAAACCUAAGCAGGCACUCUAACACUAAAAUGCCCCUUCUUGUGUCUCUAAUGAGGACUAAUACCAACAUGAAUUAGCUGUGAGGGGCUCAAUCAAGGUCAGCGUUCCCCGCAUACAGCAAAGUGAGAGGUCUGUGACAUCAUCAAGUGAAUUUUUAGGUUUAAAUGGAACAUGCUGGGAGGAAAUUACAAUCCAUGAAAAAAAACCAGCAAAGUAAUUAGGGUUCAAUUAAGCUGACUUUUUUUCUGAUCCCCGUAAUCAACAAUCAUGAGGAGUUAAGUUAAAUUGAACUCCUGUCAAGGGAGUCAACCUCCCUGCGUGUGAUAUAAUCUUGAAUAACGUCCGUUGUCCAAACCAAAGGAUAAAACAUUGUUUCUGUUAUUGCCUUACGGAGAGAGUCAGAGUGAAUGUACAAGAACUGGUGCAAGUAGCAGACGAGAUGGCAGGUAACCCUACAGACCAGUGGUCAAUCCCAAAAAAGGGCUGUUAGAUCGUAACAUAGUUGAAUGAUGGUGGGUAAGAAUUAACUUGAAAGGACACUUGAUAAGCAUCGAUAUGACAAAAAAGUGCCCCCUUUUGUGAAACCUGAUGUCGGCUGGGUUUCAUUUGGUUUCUAGUGGAUGCUUUGAAUCUGCUUAAUGUCGCUGCUUACGUGUGAUUAUUAAUUUAUUAUGCUAAAUGUUUUAUUUAUUUAUUUAUUUAUUUAUUGAUUGUCCAGGUAGCCUUUUUUUCACUGUGCAACAGGAAACUGCUUCAGAAUGCGCUCCCUUUGCCUUUUGUCUUAAUGCUUUUUAGAACAUCGCCUUUCAUUUCAGAUUGACAGUCUUAUUUGAGGAUUAUUUAAGUUUUUUUUUUUUUUUUUUUUAAAGAACAUCUGAUCGUAUCUGGUACACCUGUUUUUUUAUGUAAUCGUUGAGCUGUGGGAGUGCUCGCCUUUCCCAUUGUAAAUCUGGUGAAGCAGGAUAUUUUCAUAGACCUUAAAAUGUCUUGUUUUUCUAAAGCAUUGUACUAUAAUUAUAAAUAGCUUUGGGGCCAAUGGAGUGGUUGGAAGACAUGCAUGACAUGUCAACUUUUUUUUGCUCAGACUUGCAUUAAGAACAAUAGGGCUAGGCUAAAUUAAUUGAUGCGAGGAGCAUUUUAUGAUUUUUGCAAGUUGUGCCACGGCAUUGUACACUACAGUAACUCAAACAGCAUACCAAGGUGUAACACUCGACUUUGGGUACAGUAGUUCUUAAGGGUGGAAAUGAGAGAAGAGAAGAUCCUCUUCAGUCGGGAUGAAAAGGAAACACAUAAACAAAAACUAGACACUUUAAACACUUAAAUGACACAAACUAACAGUGCAGACACCACGGGUCAACUUUUGGAGGCAACCUUCCGGGAGAACGAUCUGAUAGAUCACAAUUCCAUGAUUACGCACUUGGGUGCUUUGCGAUAUUUCAUCAGUUCGCCAGGCUUACCAGAUGUUCCUGAAGUGAUGUUCGUCAACGACCAGAUUUCCUGCAGGGGAACUUAAAACCAAACGCCACGACCAACAAACACACCGUCAAUCUCCGAACUGACAUUUCUCUUGAACUGGCGUUUCGUUCUUUCUCUAUACUCCUUCUCUUUCUCUCUCUCUGUCUAUUUAUCUAUGCCUUUUCCUCCUUAUCUUUCUCUUGGGAGAACUUUAAAAUGUUUGUCCGCGGCUGUGUGGUAUAUUUGUCUUGUGGUCUUGCAUCUUCUCGGGCCCCUUAACCCAACUCAUAUGUAACUCAUAGCGAUUAGUUUCAAGUGAAAGUAUUCCUUAGUGCUUUCUGAUGUUUGUGUGCGAAUCUCUCCCCAUAUGGCAAAUCUGAUGUAAGAGGAACCACUACUAAAGAGCAAACAUUUAAAACAAAUACAAUAAAAUCUGGUGUGUGACAAAUAAAA